UCCGUGACGCACUUCCUUCCGGUGGUAGGUCACGAGAUAUUCGUGGAGUCGGAACCAAGAGCAGUCCGUUCAUCCGUCUAACGGCCGUCAGCACCGGGCCCUAGGCUUUCACAUUUCUGUAAAGAUGUCUUUGUAUCCGUCCUUAGAAGACCUGAAAGUGGACAAGGUGAUCCAGGCUCAAGCUUCAUAUGCAGCGGAUUCUGGAACUCCUGCAAUUCUGCCUGAAACCGUCGCCUCUGUGCCAUCAGAUGGCCUUUAUCCCCGUCUGUACCCUGAACUGUCUGACUAUAUGGGACUCAGUCUGAAUGAAGAAGAAAUACAAAGGAAUAUGGCUGCAGUUGCAGUACCACAGCAGACUGUUGCUAGACCAUCCAGUAUAAAUUACAUGGUGGCACCAGUAACUGGAACCGAUUUGGGUCUUCGAAGAGCUGAAAUCAAACAGGGGAUCCGGGAAUUAAUCCUUUGCAAGGAUCAGGAUGGAAAGAUUGGCAUUCGUCUUAAAUCUAUUGACAAUGGUGUCUUUGUCCAACUUGUACAAGCAAACUCCCCUGCUUCCCUCGCUGGGUUAAGAUUUGGUGACCAGGUCCUGCAGAUAAAUGGUGAGAAUUGUGCAGGGUGGAGCAGUGACAAGAGCCACAAAGUACUGAAACAAGCUUCUGAUCAAAAGAUUAGUAUCAUUGUUCGUGACAGGCCUUUUGAACGCACAAUCACGAUGCACAAAGACAGCACAGGACAUGUUGGCUUCAUUUUCAAAAAUGGGAAAAUCACUUCAAUUGUAAAAGACAGUUCAGCAGCUCGAAAUGGACUCCUAACAGAACACAAUAUCUGUGAGAUUAAUGGGCAGAAUAUCAUUGGACUGAAGGAUACACAGAUUGCAGACAUUUUGGCCACAGCAGGGAAUACAAUAACCAUUACGAUCAUGCCUUCCUACAUUCAUGACCAUAUGAUGAAAAGGAUGGCUUCAAGCAUUGUUAAGAGUCUCAUGGAUCAUGGUGUUCCGGAAGUGUAAAGUGAGCUCGUAUGAAUGCUGUGAUUUACAGUGAUUCAAUCUAUUAGCCUUUUAGAUGGCCUUAGUCUAGUAAAAACAGCAGCUUGGAUACUACCUGGCUUGCAUGUCAAAGGAGUUCUAAUAUGGUUAUUAACUGUUGCUGCCAGCUGCAUACUCUUCUUGUACAAAUUAUGGGCCGUUUUACUCAGCACUCUGUUUACAAAGCAAAGAAAUGGCACAUUAGCAUUUUAUUCCUGAUCAUUCCACCUGUACACUUCUUCCAUAUCAGUUAAUUUACAGUGUGAAAUUGUGAUGACAGUAUUGAACAGUUAAUUCCAGAAAACUUGUGAAUCUUGAUUUGUCUUCUAGCUGGUAACUGUCUUGACUGUUAUGUCAUGUAGUUUUAUUCAAUAAGUUCUGCUUCUGAUUAUGUUUAUACUGUAUAGUGGUCUCUUGCACAUCACUCCUUAUUUACAUUAAAAUGUCUUAAAGACAUUGAAUGCUGUUUAUGACAAAUAAAAUCGUGAACAUUUUACUUGUUUUUCAAAGUUCUGUUUUACUUCUACUCCCUGAUGUCACUCAUUUUUCUGUCACCGUUUUGCCAUUUGGCCAUCCAAUGAUAGGAUUAAUGACCUCACAGUCAAGGUACACCUAAGGAGUGAUCAGAAUGAGUGAAUUUUAUAUCUGGUUUGAAGGGGAGAAAAUGGUGUCUAAUAUUUUAAACCUAAACAAUGGCAGCAAACUGCAGUGGCAUUCAGCUAGGUGCUCAGUCGGUAGGUGCUCAGUUGGUAGCUGCAGACAUUUAAGGGGAUACAAAAAUCAUUCCAGUAAAACUGUACAUCAGGACAUCAACUUAGCAAAAUUACAAUGGAAAUGGUACUAAGCAAAUUAACAGACUGCAGGCUGAUGUUUCCUGACCUAAAUAGACUUCAUCCCAGGGUCUUGUGGUUGCUAAUGAGAUAGCAGGUGCAUGAGUGUUAAUUUUCAAAGUUCCUUAGAUUUAAGGAAGGUUCUAUCAGGCUGGGAAGUACUAAGUACAACCCCUGUCAGAAAGGAGAAAACUAGAAAAAAAAGUGAGCUGGAUUGUAUGUUAUAGGAAAGCUGUUAUAAUUUCUUUAAUCAAUUUUAGCUGUGCAGUUAAAUUUCUAAUCCGAGAAUGCAUGGUUUUGUCAAAACCUGUUUAACUAACUUAGUGAAGUUUUUCAAAGGAGUAUCAUGUGCUAUGAACAAAAGGGAACCUGUGGGGAACACUAGGAUUUCUAGAAGAUAAAAGCUCCUGCUGUAGGAGAAAGCAUUAUUAGCAUAGAUUGGCUGGCAGGUAAUACCAUGCAUAUUUUUAGCAAUAUAUUGUGGUCUAACUUACAAUUAACGUCAAUUACUUAUUGAGGGCAAUGAAGGCAUGUUUGUUAAAUUUGUAUGUGACACUGAAAUAGAAAAAGCAGCUGUGAGGAUGACAUCAGGAAGUUGCCGGCAGGUAUCAACAGCAAGUCGAGAAUGUGGUGUUGGAAAAGCAGGGCAAGAGAACAGACAUUUCAGACCCUGAUGAAGGGCUUAUACCCAAAACACGAUUCUCCUGCCCCUCGGAUGCUGUCUGACCUGCUGUACUUUUCCAGCACCACAAUCUUGACUCUGAUCUCCAGUAUCUGCAGUCCUCACUCUCACAUUGACAGGAAGAGUAAGAAAGCAUUAUUACUUAAGAGUGACUGCAGAAUUCUGAAGGUGUAGAGAUUUAGGUGCAUGAGUUACAAGAUGUUGUUAGGCAAGUGCAGCAUAACACACAUGGAUGCUCGCCUUUUUAUUUUAGCAGUAAUUGCACAAAGUAAGGAUGUUAUGCUUAAGUUAUGAAGCUUAAGGCCAUCUCAAAUACAGUGUGCAUGUGAUACGCUGUAAUGGCUUCCUGCACAGCACACAGCCUGGUGUGGCCACAGCCCCAUGAGCCUUGAUGAAGCCUGGUGUGGACUGGAGGCUAGGUGCCAAUGUGGUCUGGGUUGGAAGACCAUCGUUCUGAUCAUCUUUUUCUGCAACUCUGGACAUUUUAUUUCUCUCUUUUCUAAAAGUUGCAACAGAAGAAGCUGUACCGAGGUAGUUGUGUACCCAUGAUGGUGCUGUAAGUGGUGACUUAAAACCUCUUACUCUACUCAAUUUGAGUACAUGUGGGAAUGAGGCUAAUUCUAUUUCAGGAAAGAUGUAAAUAUGUUGGAAGCUGUUCACAAGAGGUUUACUUGUAUAGGAACAAGAGUAGACUAUUCACCCCUUUAGCCUGUUUCACCAGUCAAAUGAGAUCACUCUCGAUCUGUUGCCUAACUCCAUAUACAGUACCUGCCUUUGGCCCAUAUCACUUUUACUUUUAGCUUAAAGUUUUAAAUUUGAAAUAGAUAAAUUUAACUGAUCUAGCAUCUACUGCUGUGUGGAAGUGCUGAAAAUGUGUUGCUGGUCAAAGCACAGCAGGCCAGGCAGCAUCUCAGGAAUAGAGAAUUCGACGUUUCGAGCAUAAGCCCUUCAUCAUCCUAACAUCAUCAGAAUGGACAUAAUUCUCAGUCUGUACCUCGUCCUAGAGUCCCUAACCAGUGGGGUUUAUCUUUAUCUACCCUGUCUUUUUCUGUUCAUAUUCCUGAAGAUUUCAAUCACUUCAUUCCUAAACCUUCUAAAUUCUAGAGAAAGCUGGAGUAAAAUGUAUAAUCUCUCCUCACAUGAAUUUCAGGAAUUAAGUUUAUUAUUCUUGUCAACCGACUCUGGCUUUCCAAGAUCAAAUAUUUCUUUCCCAAGGGAGAGUGCUGAGAUCUGGACUCUGCUCCAAUUGGGGUCUAACCAGGGUUUUAUAUAACUGCAGCAUAACUUCUGUAAUUUUAUAUCCAUUCCAUUAAUUUGCUUUAUUAGUUCCUUUUAAAAAAAAAACCCUCAUAUGUCUGGCCAUCCACUGUCUAACUUCAUACCAUCAAGAAAGCAUUGAUUUUUUUUUGUUCUAAAAUGAUUAGCACUGCUGCCUCACAGCGCCCGAGACCCGGGUUCAAUUCCCGACUCAGGCGACUGUGUGGAGUUUGCACGUUCUCCCCGUGUCUGCGUGGGUUUCCUCCGGGUGCUCCAGUUUCCUCCCACAGUCCAAAGAUGUGCGGGUCAGGUGAAUUGGCCACGCUAAAUUGCCCGUAGUGUUAGGUAAGGGGUAAAUGUAGGGGUAUGGGUGGGUUGCGCUUCGGCGGGUCGGUGUGGACUUGUUGGGCCGAAGGGCCUGUUUCUACACUGUAAGUAAUCUAAUCUAAUCUAAAGUAUGAUGUCCUCACAUUUACAUUGAAUUCCAUCUGCCACAGUUUUGCCCACUUAAUAGAUUAUCACGUUGUAACUCAGCUCCACAAUCUACAAUGUAUCAUCAGCCAAUGUGGAUAUAUGACUUUCUAUGCUGUUGCUCAAGUUGUUAAUUAUGGGAAAAAGAUCUGCUACCCUGCCUACCCACAGCAUGGUCACAUAAAGACAACAGAAACUGGCCUCUAAAACACACAAACCAAGUGUGCCAACACAUAGAAUGCACCCACCAUGCCCCAGCCUUGGCAAAACAGGUGAACAAAGAAGCCAGACAUGGUCAAGCUAUUCAAAGUCUAGAGAAUACAUUUCCCAAGCAACCUUCAUGGUAAUCUCCCAGCCCUGAUUAGCACUGCAGUCCCAAAAGCCUGAGGGGAGGCUCAUUUCCCAUUGAAACUGAAACUGAUCCCUCAUAAAUAGGUAGACUCAGACACCCUGGAAGACUUCGCUUGUAGGAGGAACACUGUGGACACACCCGAAUAGCAGAAGUGACAUUUAUGCACAUGCGUGUGGAUGGAAAAUACAAUGAAGAAUCCUCUAGAAGACAUUCUCAUCUCAGAGAUGGCUGGAAUCUCCUGUAUCAAUUACAAAUGUAUUGCUACUGCUGGGCACUUGAUUAACUUCCAUUCAUUUAUUCUUAUCUUAAUUGCUUUACAAUUUUCACCAUUGUACUGUAACUGGUUUGCAAUAUCACCUUUAUGUUGUACCCUUGCCGUUCUGGGAAGAGCAUUCUGGCCAUCUGUACAGAGAAGCCAUUCUGUGGCAGCUUAGUCUUCCGCGAUAUCACUUUGUUUAAUAAACCACUUGUCAAUUUCACCACGA